UCUCCAGAGGGGUGCGGGAAGUCUGGGGGGCGACCCAGGGAGUUUAGGCUGAGUGCGUCUCGUAGCUCAUUGGAGCGCCAGGCAGCACAGCGAGGAAACACUACGGUUCAUGUCUGCUGGCACCGCAACACCUCCGUGUCCAUGGUGGACUUUAGUGUGGCUGUGGAGGUACCUACCUGGCCCACAGUACUGUCUAACCUACCUGACCCACAGUACUGUCUGUCAACCUACCUGACCCACAUUGUCUACCCUAACCUGCACGCCCAGUACUUGUCUACCUACCUGGCCGGCGCCAGUACUGUCUGUCUAACUUACCUGUCUUCUGUACCUACCUGACCCACAGUACUGUCUGUCUAACCUCCCUGUCUUCUGUACCUACCUGGCCCACAGUACUGUCUGUCUAACCUCUGUCCUUCUGUACCAUAAACCUGGCCCCAGUUACGUCUGUCUAACCUACCUGCCCACAGUACCUGGUUCUGUCUAAACCUCCCUGUCUUCUGUACCUACCUGGCCCACAGUACUGUCUGUCUAACCUCUGUCUUCUGUACCUACCUGGCCCACAGUACUGUCUGUCUAACCUCCCUGGCCCACAGUACUGUCUGUCUACCUCCUUUCUUUCUGUAACCUACCACCUGGCCCACGUACUGCUGUCUAACUCACCUGGCCCCACAGUACUGUCUUUCCUAACCUCCCUGUCUUCGUUUACCAGACCCCUGGCCACAAUACUGUCUGUCUAACCUCCCUGUCUUCUGUACCUACCUGGCCCACAGUACUGUCUGUCUAACCUCCCUGUCUCUGUACCUACCUGGCCCACAGUACUGUCUGUCUAACCUCUGUCUUCUGUACCUACCUGGCCCACAGUACUGUCUGUCUAACCUCCCUGGCCCACAGUACUGUCUGUCUAACCUCUCUGUCUCAUUGUCUGCUGUGUCAGUAUAUUGUGUUCAGUUAUUGUUCUGGGUAGUGUGCUCAGUUGUAUUGUGGUCUGUGUAUUGUGUCUCUGUGUCUGUGUCUCUGGUGUAAUGUGUCCUCAGUGGAUUGUGUCUCUGUGUAUUGUGUCUCUUUGUAGUGGGCCUCAUUUUUGUGUCUCAGUCCUGUCCUCCGUGUUGGUCUCAGUGUAUUGUCUCAGGUGUAUUGUGUCUCGUGUAAUUGUGUCUCUUGGAUUGUGUCUCUGUGUAGUGUGUCUCAGUGUAGUGUGUCUCGUGUUUAUUGUGUCUCUGUGUAGUGUGUCUUAGUGGAGUCGUUCUCAGUGUAUUGUGUCUCGGUGUAUUGUGUCUCUGUGUUGUGUCUCGUGGUCAAUGUUUCUGUCUCUGUGUAGUGUGGUCUCAUUGUAAGUGUGUCUCUUGUGGUCAGUGUGUCUCCUGAGUGUGUCUCAGUGUAUGGUCCUGUGUAUGGUGUCUCAGUUGUGUCUCAUGUAUUGUGUCUCAGUGUAUUGUGUCUCUGUGUAUUGUGUCUCAGUGUAUUGUGUCUCAGUGUAGUGUGUCUCAGUGUAUUGUGUCUCAGUGUAUUGUGCCUCAGUGUAUUGUGUCUCAGUGUAUUGUGUCUCAGUGUAUUGUGUCUCAGUGUAUUGUGUCUCAGUGUAGUGUGUCUCAGUGUAUUGUGUCUCAGUGUAUUGUGUCUGUGUAUUGUGUCUCAGUGUAUUGUGUCUCAGUGUAUUGUGUCUCAGUGUAUUGUGUCUCAGUGUAUUGUGUCUCAGUGUAUUGUGUCUCAGUGUAUUGUGUCUCAGUGUAUUGUGUCUCAGUGUAUUGUGUCUCAGUGUAUUGUGUCUCAGUGUAUUGUGUCUCAAUGUAGUGUGUCUCAGUGUAUUGUGUCUCAAUGUAUUGUGUCUCAGUGUGUUGUGUCUCAGUGUAUUGUGUCUCAGUGUGUCUCAGUGUAUUGUGUCUCAGUGUGUCUCAGUGUAUUGUGUCUCAGUGUAUUGUGUCUCAGUGUAUUGUGUCUCAGUGUAUUGUGUCUGUGUAUUGUGUCUCAGUGUAUUGUGUCUCAGUGUAUUGUGUCUCAGUGUAUUGUGCCUCAGUGUAUUGUGUCUCAGUGUAUUGUGUCUCAGUGUGUCUCAGUGUAUUGUGUCUCAGUGUGUCUCAGUGUAUUGUGUCUGUGUAUUGUGUCUCAGUGUAUUGUGUCUCAGUGUAUUGUGUCUCAGUGUAUUGUGUCUCAGUGUAUUGUGUCUCAGUGUAUUGUGUCUCAGUGUAUUGUGCCUCAGUGUAUUGUGUCUCAGUGUAUUGUGUCUCAGUGUGUCUCAGUGUAUUGUGUCUCAGUGUGUCUCAGUGUAUUGUGUCUCAGUGUAUUGUGUCUCAGUGUAUUGUGUCUCAGUGUAUUGUGUCUCAGUGUAUUGUGUCUCAAUGUAUUGUGUCUCAGUGUGUUGUGUCUGUGUAUUGUGUCUCAGUGUAUUGUGUCUCAGUGUAUUGUGUCUCAGUGUAUUGUGUCUCAGUGUGUCUCAGUUUGUCUCAGUUUAGUGUCUGUGUAUUGUGUCUCAGUGUGUCUCAGUGUAUUGUGUCUCAGUGUAUUGUGUCUCAGUGUGUCUCAGUGUAUUGUGUCUCAGUGUGUCUCAGUGUAGUGUGUCUCAGUGUAUUGUGUCUCAGUGUAUUGUGUCUCAGUGUAUUGUGUCUCAGUGUAUUGUGUCUCAGUGUAUUGUGUCUCAGUGUGUCUCAGUGUAUUGUGUCUCAGUGUAUUGUGUCCUCAGUGUAUUGUGUCUCAGUGUGUCUCAGUGUAUUGUGUCUCAGUGUAUUGUGUCUCAGUGUGUCUCAGUGUAUUGUGUCUCAGUGUGUCUCAGUGUAGUGUGUCUCAGUGUAUUGUGUCUCAGUGUAUUGCGUCUCAGUGUAUUGUGCCUCAGUGUGUCUCAGUUUAGUGUAUGUGUGGUGUGUCUCAGUGUAGUGUGUCUCCGUGUAUUGUGUCUCAGUGUAUUGCAUCUCAGUGUGUUGUGUCUCAGUGUAUUGUGUCUCAGUGUGUCUCAGUGUAUUGUGUCUCAGUGUAUUGUGUUUCAGUGUGUCUCAGUUUGUGUCUGUGUAUUGUGUCUCAGUGUAUUGUGUCUCAGUGUGUCUCAGUUUAGUGUAUGUGUGGUGUGUCUCAGUGUAGUGUGUCUCAGUGUAUUGUGUCUCAGUGUAUUGUGUCUCAGUGUGUCUCAGUGUAUUGUGUCUCAGUGUAUUGUGUUUCAGUGUGUCUCAGUGUAUUGUGUUUCAGUGUGUCUCAGUGUAUUGUGUCUCAGUGUGUUUCAGUGUGUCUCAGUGUAUUGUGUUUCAGUGUGUCUCAGUGUAUUGUGUUUCAGUGUGUCUCAGUGUAUUGUGUCUCAGUGUAUUGUGUCUCAGUGUGUCUCAGUGUAUUGUGUCUCAGUGUAUUGUGUCUCAGUGUGUCUCAGUGUAUUGUGUCUCAGUGUAUUGUGUCUCAGUGUAUUGUGUCUCAGUGUGUCUCAGUGUAGUGUGUCUCAGUGUGUCUCAGUUUAGUGUCUGUGUGGUGUGUCUCAGUGUAUUGUGUCUCAGUGUGUUGUGUCUCAGUGUAGUGUGUCUCAGUGUAUUGUGUCUCAGUGUGUCUCAGUGUAUUGUGUCUCAGUGUAUUGUGUCUCAGUGUAUUGUGUCUCAGUGUAUUGUGUCUCAGUGUGUCUCAGUGUAGUGUGUCUCAGUGUAUUGUGUCUCAGUGUAGUGUGUCUCAGUGUAUUGUGUCUCAGUGUAUUGUCUCAGUGUAUUGUGUCUCAGUGUGUCUCAGUUUAGUGUCUGUGUGGUGUGUCUCAGUGUGUUGUGUCUGUGUAUUGUGUCUCAGUGUAUUGUGUCUCAGUUGUAGUUGUGUCUCAGUUGUAUGUGUGUCUCAGUGUAUUGUGUCGUUCAGUGUAUUGUGUCUCAGUGUAGUUGUGUGUCUCAGGUGUAUUGUGUCUCAGUGUAUUGUGUCUCAGUGUAUUGUGUCUCAGUGUAUUGUGUCUCAGUGUAUGUGUCUCAGUGUAUUGUGUCUCAGUGUAUUGUGUGUCUCAUUGUGUGUAUGUGUCUCAGUGGUGUCUCAGUGUAUUGUGUCUCAGUGUAUUGUGUCUCAGUGUAUUGUGUCUCAGUGUAUUGUGUCUCAGUGUAUUGUGUCUCAGUUUGUGUCUCAGUGUAGUGUGUCUCAGUGUAUUGUGUCUCAGUGUGUCUCAGUGUAUUGUGUCUCAGUGUGUCUCAGUGUAUUGUGUCUCAGUUUGUGUCUCAGUGUAGUGUGUCUCAGUGUAUUGUGUCUCAGUGUAUUGUGUCUCAGUGUAUUGUGUCUCAGUGUAGUGUGUCUCAGUGUAUUGUGUCUCAGUGUAUUGUCUCAGUGUAUUGUGUCUCAGUGUGUCUCAGUUUAGUGUCUGUGUGGUGUGUCUCAGUGUGUUGUGUCUGUGUAUUGUGUCUCAGUGUAUUGUGUCUCAGUGUAUUGUGUCUCAGUGUAUUGUGUCUCAGUGUAUUGUGUCUCAGUGUAUUGUGUCUCAGUGUAUUGUGUCUCAGUGUAUUGUGUCUCAGUGUAUUGUGUCUCAGUGUAUUGUGUCUCAGUGUAGUGUGUCUCAGUGUAUUGUGUCUCAGUGUAUUGUGUCUCAGUGUAUUGUGUCUCAGUGUAUUGUGUCUCAGUGUAUUGUGUCUCAGUGUAUUGUGUCUCAGUGUAUUGUGUCUCAGUUUGUGUCUCAGUGUAGUGUGUCUCAGUGUAUUGUGUCUCAGUGUGUCUCAGUGUAUUGUGUGUCUCAGUUUGUGUCUCAUGUGUACUGGUGUCUCAGUGUAUUGUGUCUCAGGAUUGUGUUCAGUGUAUUGUGUCUCAGUGUAUUGUGUCUCAGUGUAUUGUCUCAGUGUAUUGUGUCUCAGUGUGUCUCAGUUUAGUGUCUGUGUGGUGUGUCUCAGUGUGUUGUGUCUGUGUAUUGUGUCUCAGUGUAUUGUGUCUCAGUGUAUUGUGUCUCAGUGUGUCUCAGUGUGUCUCAGUGUAUUGUGUCUCAGUGUAUUGUGUCUCAGUGUAUUGUGUCUCAGUGUAUUGUGUCUCAGUGUAUUGUGUCUCAGUGUGUCUCAGUGUAUUGUGUCUCAGUGUAUUGUGUCUCAGUGUAUUGUCUUCCCUCUCUCUCACUCUCUUGUCCCUGUCUGAUAUUCCUGUUCAGUCUGCUCCAGAGUACCUGUCUGUCUGUCUGUCUGUCUGUCUGUCUGUCUGUCUGUCUGUCUGUCUGUCUGUCUGUCUGUCUGUCUAACACUGGUGCUGUCUGUCUGUCUGUCUGUCUGUCUGUCUGUCUGUCUGUCUGUCUAACACUGGUGCUGUCUGUCUGUCUGUCUGUCUGUCUGUCUGUGUUUUACCUGUUCUUUCUCUCACUGUCCUUCCCUCUGUCUCUGUCCCUCCGUCUCCCUGGACCCUGGUCCAGUCAGUCAGUUAGAGGUGCUGUUCUCUAGCCGUAGACCAGGUUGCAGGGGGCCUAGCACGGUACCGGCCCAGAGCCCAGGGCUGAGGGUUCAGGGUCCAGCAUCUCUGUCAGUGGUGUGCUGGUACCGGGCCCAGAGCCCGGGGAUGAGGGUUCAGGGUCCAGCAUCUCUGUCAGUGGUGUGCUGGUACCGGGCCCAGAGCCAGGGCUGAGGGUUCAGGGUCCAGCAUCUCUGUCAGUGGUGUGCUGGUACCGGGCCCAGAGCCAGGGCUGAGGGUUCAGGGUCCAGCAUCUCUGUCAGUGGUGUGCUGGUACCGGGCCCAGAGCCUGGGCUGAGGGUUCAGGGUCCAGCAUCUCUGUCAGUGGUGUGCUGGUACCGGGCCCAGAGCCAGGGCUGAGGGUUCAGGGUCCAGCAUCUCUGUCAGUGGUGUGCUGGUACCGGGCCCAGAGCCUGUCCUUUACUGACACCAGCUCCAGUAGAGAAGGAAAGGGACUGGGCCAACAGAAUGACAUAGAACACAACAGUAUUAAACUGGAUCUGUAGAACUGAACCUGACUGUAUGGGACUGCUGUUACACAUAGAUCUAGAACAAUAGAGAGGCUGAUGGAGAGCUUGACCUGCUGAUUCAAACCACCAUGCCUAUCUACUGUUCUAUUAUCUACAGUUGAAGUCGGAAGUUUACAUACACGUAGGUUGGAGUCAUUAAAACUCGUUUUUCCACCACUACACAAAUGUAUUGUUAACAAACUAUAGUUUUGACAAGUCGGUUAGGACAUCAUUAUUUCACUUAUAAUUCACUGUAUCACAAUUCCAGUGGGUCAGAAGUUUACAUACACUAAGUUGACGGUGCCUUUAAACAGCUUGGAAAAUUCCAGAAAAUGAUGUCAUGGCUUUAGAAGCUUCUGAUAGGCUAAUUUACAUCAUUUCAGUCAAUUGGAGGUGUACCUGUGGAUGUAUUUCAAGGCCUACCUUCAAACUCAGUGCCUCUUUACUUGGCAUCUUGGGAAAAUCAAAAGAAAUCAGCCAAGACCUCAGAAAAAAAUUGUAGACCUCCACAAGUCUGGUUCAUCCUUGGGAGCAAUUUCCAAACACCUGAAGGUACCACGUUCAUCUGUACAAACAAUAGUACGCAAGUAUAAACACCAUGGGACCACGCAGCCGUCAUACCGCUCAGGAAGGAGACGCGUUCUGUCUCCUAGAGAUGAACGUACUUUGGUGCGAAAAGUGCAAAUCAAUCCCAGAACAACAGCAAAGGACCUUGUGAAGAUGCUGGAGGAAACAGGUACAAAGUGUCUAUUUCCACAGUAAAACGAGUCCUAUAUCGACAUAACCUGAAAGGCCGCUCAGCAAGGAAGAAGCCACUGCUCCAAAACCGCCAUAAAAAAGCCAGACUACGGUUUGUAACUGCACAUGGGGACAAAGAUCGUACUUUUUGGAGAAAUGUCCUCUGGUCUGAUGAAACAAAAAUAGAACUGUUUGGCCAUAAUGACCAUCGUUAUGUUUGGAGGAAAAAGGGGGAGCUUGCAAGCCGAAGAACACCAUCCCAACCGUGAAGCACGGGGGUGGCAGCAUCAUGCUGUGGGGCUGCUUUGCUGCAGGAGGGACUGGUGCACUUCACAAAAUACUGUUACAUAUUAGUCUGCUUCCAAUUAUACAUUGACUCUUAGGAAUGUAGCAAAAAUAUGGGACUGAACCAAAGUGAAUACAGUUGAUGCUUGUUGAGGUGUGAUGUAACCGGAUACAACAACAUGGUAACUUCAACACGUUCUUUAGACUGGUGCUCCUAGUUUUCCCACCAGGUACACAAGCUGUCCAUGCAAAGAUGUUGUCCACGAUCACAUAACAGGCAAUAUGACUGUUCAGUAGUACCAUGAGGCUGUUGGCCUAGCAUCCCUGCUAGCUAUAAAGGGUUAAUGAGUUGUUCAGUAGUACCACGAGGCUGUUGGCCUAGCAUCCCUGCUAGCUAUAAAGGGUUAAUGAGUUGUUCAGUAGUACCAUGAGGCUGUUGGCCUAGCAUCCCUGCUAGCUAUAAAGGGUUAAUGAGUUGUUCAGUAGUACCACGAGGCUGUUGGCCUAGCAUCCCUGCUAGCUAUAAAGGGUUAAUGAGUUGUUCAGUAGUACCACGAGGCUGUUGGCCUAGCAUCCCUGCUAGCUAUAAAGGGUUAAUGAGUUGUUCAGUAGUACCAUGAGGCUGUUGGCCUAGCAUCCCUGCUAGCUAUAAAGGGUUAAUGAGUUGUUCAGUAGUACCAUGAGGCUGUUGGCCUAGCAUCCCUGCUAUCUAUAAAGGGCUAAUGAGUUGUUCAGUAGUACCACGAGGCUGUUGGCCUAGCAUCCCAGCUAGCUAUAAAGGGUUAAUGAGUUGUUCAGUAGUACCAUGAGGCUGUUGGCCUAGCAUCCCUGCUAGCUAUAAAGGGUUAAUGAGUUGUUCAGUAGUACCAUGAGGCUGUUGGCCUAGCAUCCCUGCUAGCUAUAAAGGGUUAAUGAGUUGUUCAGUAGUACCAUGAGGCUGUUGGCCUAGCAUCCCUGCUAGCUAUAAAGGGUUAAUGAGUUGUUCAGUAGUACCACGAGGCUGUUGGCCUAGCAUCCCUGCUAGCUAUAAAGGGUUAAUGAGUUGUUCAGUAGUACCAUGAGGCUGUUGGCCUAGCAUCCCUGCUAGCUAUAAAGGGUUAAUGAGUUGUUCAGUAGUACCACGAGGCUGUUGGCCUAGCAUCCCUGCUAGCUAUAAAGGGUUAAUGAGUUGUUCAGUAGUACCACGAGGCUGUUGGCCUAGCAUCCCUGCUAGCUAUAAAGGGUUAAUGAGUUGUUCAGUAGUACCAUGAGGCUGUUGGCCUAGCAUCCCUGCUAGCUAUAAAGGGUUAAUGAGUUGUUCAGUAGUACCAUGAGGCUGUUGGCCUAGCAUCCCUGCUAGCUAUAAAGGGUUAAUGAGUUGUUCAGUAGUACCAUGAGGCUGUUGGCCUAGCAUCCCAGCUAGCUAUAAAGGGUUAAUGAGUUGUUCAGUAGUACCAUGAGGCUGUUGGCCUAGCAUCCCUGCUAGCUAUAAAGGGUUAAUGAGUUGUUCAGUAGUACCAUGAGGCUGUUGGCCUAGCAUCCCUGCUAGCUAUAAAGGGUUAAUGAGUUGUUCAGUAGUACCAUGAGGCUGUUGGCCUAGCAUCCCUGCUAGCUAUAAAGGGUUAAUGAGUUGUUCAGUAGUACCAUGAGGCUGUUGGCCUAGCAUCCCAGCUAGCUAUAAAGGGUUAAUGAGUUAAAGGCUACUGGCAGUACUGAUGUUUCAUUUUUCUGCUGAACGCCGUAGUAUUCAUUUGCAUGCCUGAUACAGUAGCCAUGUUGGACCUGUGUUAAUCUCUCUUCCUAUUGGUUAAUCCUGUCUUAAUGUCUCUUCGUAUUGGUCCUCUCUCCCCCUAUCAGAACCAGUUAUCAGGGAACCUGCUGAGGAAGUUUAAGAACAGUAAUGGAUGGCAGAAACUCUGGGUGGUCUUAACCAACUUCAGCCUGUUCUUCUACAAAUCACAU